AUGGUAUCUCUAUUUGGGCAUGCAGCUCAAGCUUAUAUAAAUUACCUCUCACAUUCAUCUUCCAAGUUAUGGGGUAGUCAAACAGAAGGUCAAAAGAAUUCUAGUUAUACCUUGAAAGAUACACUUCAUGUCCUGCAUAUUAUACUUAACUAUGGGGUGGAGUUAAAAGCUCCCCUUGAACCUACAUUUUCAACGGUUCCUUUGUUGGAAUGGCAGGUAGGAAGUAACUCCUCAACUAUUUUUUCUCGGUUAAGCUCUCACGCUGAAGAAGAUGUUAGGAAACAGCACGAGGGCAUUUUGGUCAUGCUGGCAAAACAAUCUCCAUGGUCGAUAAUUUAUCCAAUCCUCGUUGAUAUUAACACAAGUGAAGAGGAUCAUUCGAUGGAGCUUACAUGA